AGCUUCAGCAGAUAAAAAUCUUAGAAGGGUACCGUCGUCUUCUGUUAAGAUGGAAAACUACCUCUCUGGCAGUGUUUAUGGAAUAAUUAACUUAUCCACAGGAUUGUCCUUGAAUUCCUUCUCUUUUAUAAUUUUUUUUAUUUAUUUUUAUUUUUUUUUGUGAGGACAGGCAAGUAAUUCAAAGAGUAGAACUUAUUUUUAGUUUUAGUCUGGGCCUGAAAUAAACCAAGAAGUCUGAGUCGUGUUACGAUAAACAGGGAGUAAAACAGAGACAGGAAAUAGGGGGUCUUUGGUAAUGAGUUCCAGCCUCUCUUGAAACAGAAAGCCAGGGAAAGCAUUACUUGAAAAUAGUUUCUCAGUGACAGCUUAAUAAUUUUAGCUUGUUAUUCAACAUUAAAAGAGAACAGUUUCUGCAGAUUUAUGCUGUUCUUGAAAGAUCUUUUUAAAAUAUAAUUCAGCAAGUUAUAUUUUUGAUGUUUUUAGAGUUACGUUGUUCUUGUUGCUAACCAAUGUGCUGUUUAAAAAAAACAGAUGUUUGGGGGAGAGUCUGAAGUUUAUACAGUUGUGCAUUGUAUAUACAUCUGUGAGAAGCAUUUGGGAUAAGACUGGGACAGAGGCAGUAGAUUUAGCUUGAAAUGCGAACACACAUUCAAGACUUUAGAAGCUGAGGGGUUGAAAGGGGAAGAAGUCACAGCUAUAUCCUGUAGAACAAAGCAGUGCGCUCGUUUCCAAAAGUUUCUUUUAACCCUGGGAAUGUGACUGCUGAGAUGGGCCCAAAGCAUGGAUGGUGAGCUUGAUAUUUACAAGCACUUCACGUGGCUAAAGAGGUCACAGGUGAAUCAUCAUUCAUCUACUAAUAAUGAAACCUAUCAAGAAAGAUUGGCACGAUUAGAAGGUGAUAAAGAGUCUCUCAUUCUUCAGGUGAGUGUUCUUACAGACCAGGUGGAAGCUCAAGGAGAGAAAAUCCGGGACUUAGAAAUCUGUCUUGAGGGGCAUCAGUUGAAACUGAAUGCUACAGAAGAAAUGCUUCAACAGGAGUUGCUAAGUCGAACAUCACUAGAGACUCAGAAAUUGGAUCUAAUGGCUGAAGUUUCAGACCUGAAAAUUAAGCUGGUUGGUAUGGAGAAGGAGCAGAGUGAAUAUGAAGAGAAACAAAACAAAGCUGAGUCAGUAGUGAACCUGAUAAGUGAGCUCCAGGAGCAGAUGUGUAGACUGCAGCUGGAAAUUAAUAGUAGAAUCCAAGAAAGAAAGUCUCAAGAUAGGAAACCAGAUGUGACACCUAAUGGCCCUCACUCUAGUCCAAGAUCAGUGAUAGAGACUCUCAGCCAGAAGAAUUGCUCUCAGUGUGAUGGUUUGCUACAGGAACUUAGACACCUCAAAAUUAAAGUGGAAGAACUGGAAAAUGAAAGAAAUCAGUAUGAGUGGAAAUUAAAAGCAACUAAAGCGGAGAUAGCCCAGCUUCAGGAGCAAUUAGCUCUCAAAGAUGCAGAAAUUGAACGCUUACAAAGUCAACUAUCUAGGACCUCAUCACAUAGUGAAGUUGCAGAAAGAGAGGAAGUUUAUAGGAGAAGGCUAAAAGAAAAACAUCAAGAAGUUCAACGGUUGAAGAUAGGAAUGGAAUCAUUAUUGGCUGCAAAUGAAGAAAAGGACCGCCGAAUAGAGGAGUUAACACUAUUGCUAAGCCAGUACAGAAGGGUCAAGGAGAUAAUGAUUGCAGCUCACGGCUCUUCAGACAGAAUUGUCUCUGGUGGUAAUGAAGAGGAACUUGAGGCAACUUUAAGGAAAUGGAAUCUCUUGAACAAUCCUCAAGGAGAUCUAUUUAAAUCAGAGGCCUCUUCAGGAGAAUUGCCACCAGCUAUGUUAUCUCCAGUGCCACACAAAGCUACAGAAAUCAGUGGAACCAUUCCAGUAUCUUCAACUAAUCUAACCCCUCCACAAGAAGAAACUUUGGAAAUCCUAAAUAGGGUUCCACAGAAAAAAAAAUCAAGUAGUUUAGAAGACUUGCAGAGUGAAUCCCUGGAAAAGUAUGUAGACGGAAAACCAGUACAGCCUGUUGUAGAACAAGAGAGUAAGCCACUUGCAAAAGGCAGCAAAUACCAAACUUUGCCAGGAAAACUUCCUCGACCCUCACAGAAUGGAGACCAGGGAACAUACAACGCGUCAAAUUCACCAGACACAUGUGGCAUGAAUGACAGUGAGGACAACAGCAUCCUAGGCCUGAAUCGCAUCAGGAGUGUCAGUGCACCAGUGCUAGGAGAAACAGAGAACAUGGAUGGUACAGUAGUCUCAGAUGACCUUUCACCUCCUCCUUCUGGAACGGAUUCAGGUCCACAGUCUCCACUGUCUCCAGAAAAUAGAAAGAGUCCAAAAGGGAUCAAGAAAAUCUGGGGAAAAAUAAGAAGAACUCAGUCUGGUAACUUCCCUGCAGACGAUCUGGGUUUGGCAGAGUUUCGAAGAGGCGGUCUCCGUGCAACAGCUGGACCUCGGUUAUCCAGAUCGAAGGAAACCAAAGGCCAGAAAAGUGACUACAAUGCUCCGUUUGCUCAGUGGAGCACUGAGAGAGUUUGUAACUGGCUUGAGGACUUUGGUCUAGGGCAGUACGUCAUUUUUGCACGGCAGUGGGUGACCUCAGGCCAUACAUUGUUAACUGCAACACCUCAGGACAUGGAAAAGGAAAUGGGAAUAAAGCAUCCGCUGCACAGGAAGAAAUUAGUUUUGGCUAUUAAAUCAAUAAAUGCAAAACAAGAUGAGAAGUCUGCACAACUCGAUCAUAUCUGGGUGACACGCUGGCUUGAUGACAUUGGUUUACCUCAGUACAAAGACCAGUUUCACGAGUCCAGAGUUGAUGGGAGAAUGUUGCAGUAUUUAACUGUGAAUGACCUUCUUUUUCUGAAAGUCACCAGUCAGCUGCAUCAUCUGAGUAUUAAGUGUGCCAUUCAUGUGCUGCAUGUCAACAGUUUUAACCCCCACUGUCUACGCAGAAGACCAGUUGAGGAGAAUAACGUUUCACCUUCUGAAGUAGUGCAGUGGUCCAAUCACAGAGUGAUGGAAUGGCUCAGAUCAGUUGAUCUGGCAGAAUACGCACCAAAUCUUCGAGGAAGCGGAGUGCACGGUGGCCUCAUUAUUCUUGAACCUCGCUUCAAUGGUGACACACUGGCAAUGCUGCUGAAUAUUCCACCUCAAAAGACCCUACUGCGACGCCACCUAACAACCAAUUUUAAUGUAUUAAUUGGACCAGAGGCACAGCAAGAAAAGAGAGAUAUAACAGAGUCAACAGCAUACACACCUCUGACCACCACUGCCAAAGUUCGGCCAAAGAAACUUGGAUUUUCACAUUUUGGAAACUUAAGAAAAAAGAAAUUUGAUGAAUCAACAGACUAUAUUUGUCCUAUGGAUACAAAUCCAGGUGCUACAAACGGUACUCAGAAGAACUAUGGUGGAUACAAAGGACUUAGUCCAUUCACUGAUAGGGAGCUGGAUCAGAUGGAACAUUCAGAAGGAACAGUAAAGCAAAUAGGGGCUUUUUCUCAAGGCAUAAGCAAUCUUACGACAAUGUUAAGCCAAGAUGAAAUGCUAAAUGACAGCAGAUUUUUAACACCUACCUUUGAAGACUGGAGAUAAUGUUUCAGUGUGACCAAGAACACUAAUACCUCAUGCCUGUCUGGAGAGGUGGCCAGGAGAAGCUUCAUGCUGUGGUACUGCAAAGUUUUACCUCUUUUCUGCCAGUGAGACUCACCACAUAGCAUUUUGUUUUGCUAACGUAGCAACACUUCACAGGUAACUUCCCUCUCCACUGUUUAUGUAUUAUAUAAUAUCAAAUAGGUAUUAAGAGGAUUGGUACAGAAUUGUUUCUUUUCUAGAGUCUGGAAAGACCGGAUGUUUUACCCUUAUAUUUUGUCAUCUUUUUACAUGGUAUGUUU